CAAUUUUGCUUUAAAACUUGUCCGUAGGUUCAUCCCAACGACUCCAAUGUAAAAGUCCCAACGCUACUCUCUCUCCCAUGGCUGACUCUUCCUUGCUGCUCUACUACUCCAAUCGCCGUCUCUCAGGCUCAUUCAGAAGCCUCUUCUUCAUCCCCACAGGCUUAGCUCUCAUAACAUCUAUCUUCAUUCUCUUCUACAUAUCCACCACCUCUAACCUCUUCACCCAUCCGCACCAAAUUACUCUUCUCCUUAAGCCUCCGCCUCGGUCUUCAACAAUAUCUCCCCUAGGCCGCCAAACCAUUUCAAUUUCAUUUCAGAAUGCUUCUCGGAGAUCCUUAGAAUCGCCCAAAAUUGCUCAUUUUGGAGAGCGUAGUGGUGAAGGAGGAAUUGGGAGUCAACGGCCUCUAGGACCUCGAUUGGACUCAGUUGGAAACUAUGUGAAUAAGAACGAGGUGUUCCUUGAUAGAGAUGUCUUUCUGGAAGACUAUAAGGAAAUGAAUCGGAGCUUUAAGAUAUAUGUUUAUCCUCACAGGCGAGAUGAUCCUUUUGCAAAUGUGCUGUUGCCAGUGGAUUCUGAACCUGGGGGUAAUUAUGCUAGUGAAAGUUACUUCAAGAAGGUCCUUAUGAAAAGCCAUUUCAUCACAAAGGAUUCAACCAAGGCAGAUCUUUUCUUUCUGCCUUUCUCAAUUGCAAGGUUGCGGCAUGAUCCCAGGGUUGGUGUAGGAGGUAUCCAAGAUUUUAUUAGAGAUUACAUCUUCAAUAUUAGUCAGAAGUACCCAUAUUGGAACUGGACUGGUGGAGCUGAUCAUUUUUAUGUUGCUUGUCAUUCCAUUGGUCGUUCAGCAAUGGAUAAAGCACAUGACGUGAAAUUCAAUUCCAUUCAAGUUGUGUGUUCUUCAAGCUAUUUCCAAUAUGGGUACAUUGCUCAUAAAGAUGCAUGCCUGCCACAAAUUUGGCCAAGACAAGGAGACCCUCCUAAUCUUGCUUCGUCAAAGAGAAAGAAGCUUGCAUUCUUUGCUGGAGAAAUGAACUCCCCAGUUCGACAAAAACUUCUUCAAGUAUGGAGAAACGACACCGAGAUCUUUGCGCACCAUGGCCGGCUCACAACUCCUUACGCCGACGAGUUGCUUGGAAGCAAGUUCUGCCUCCAUGUGAAAGGCUUUGAAGUAAAUACAGCUCGUAUUGCAGACUCACUAUAUUAUGGCUGUGUUCCUGUGAUCAUUGCCAACUACUAUGAUCUCCCAUUUGAAGACAUAUUAAACUGGAAAAGCUUCUCAAUCAUUGUUGCUACUUUAGACAUCCCAUUGCUUAAAAGAAUCCUCAAGAGGAUCAGCCUUGAAGAAUAUCUAAUGCUACGAAGCAAUGUGUUGAAGGUGCGCAAACAUUUCCAGUGGCAUCUUUCCCCUAUUGAUUACGAUGCAUUUUACAUGGUUAUGUAUGAGUUGUGGCUUAGACGGAGUUCUAUGAGGGUUCCCUCUAGUGCUUUUGUUGAUCCCAUCGAUGACCAAAUUAUUCUCAAGUGAUAAUUCCUUGUGUUGCCCUAGCGGUAGCCUUUUGUAUAAAUUUUUCCUAUAUUUUAUUUUA